CCAGUUUAAUAAUCUGACCUCAGGAUCUCAGCAUCGGACAGCAGCACCAUGAAGAGGUUUCUGCUGCUCUUCCUCUCACUGAUGACAGGCUGUGAGGCCAGCUCUAAGGUGAAGGGAUGCAGAGGUGGAUGGGUUGAUUUUACCUGCGGAUACCCUCAAAAUAAGGAAACAUAUGCACGUAUUGAUUUAGUUCGUAAAAAAAGUCAAAUAAUCAUUCAAACUAAUCAAAAAGAUGUGUGGAAAAGCGAAGGAAGUUUUUCCGUGUACCAUGAUAAAGAAAGGAAAAAUAUCAGGGUGGUCAUCAAAGAGAUUCAACAAGAACAGACGUACAAGUUAUAUUUUAGACCUGAGCAGAAACCUAGAAAACGAGACAAAGAAGAAGUGGAAUUGGAAUUAUAUAAAGGCUGCCAGGAACCAUUUCAUCAAACUGAGUACAAAACAGAUACAAUCAUAAUCAAAUGUGAUAAAGAAAACAAAGACGACUCGAGAGUCAAGUUUUUCUGCAAAGAGAACGGUUCAAUCUGUGAGGAUAUUUUAUCAACAAAAUCUGCUGAAACGAAGUCAAAUGGGACGUUCACUCUCACAGAAACAGAGAGUGGCUUCACUGUGUCCAUCAGUAAUGUGUCCCCACAGCACGCUGGAGUCUACUGGUGUGGAGUGGAAUCAAGUAAAAGAUACCGAACUGCUCUCAGGAAAAUACAACUGGAGGUGGAAGGUGUCUCUUGGAUUCCUAGAGUCGCCGCUGUGGUCUGUGUUGCUCUGCUGGGGCUUCUGCUAUUUUUCGUCUUCAGACACAAGCAUUCAUGUUGUUCAAAAACCAAAAGAAAAGGAGAAUCACAUAACAUGGAGACGCGGGAGGGGGAGAUGAUCUACCAGCGGGUCCACUCCUCCACGCUGGCCAUCGCCCAGCAGCACGAGAGGAUGAUGGAGGAGAUGGAGAAGAGCUCCCAGGUGUUGAGAAUUACAAAGUGUGAGGAGGGUCGUGACCUCGUCCAUCACAGCAGCGCCGUGCUAUCAGGUUCACACAUUAUUCCACAUCCUGGACGCUAA